AUGGAUUAAGAAAUCAAUAAAAAGCAUGUACUUCUUUUGAUAGGCAAUAUAUGCUUAGGUAGUUUAUAUUUCGGAUAUAAUAUGGGUGUUUACAACACUCUUUCGACAGUUAUGGUUUACUUGAAUGGAUGGAAAGGCGGAUUUGAGGAGACUUUAUACCCAACUCUCAUAACAAUUUCUGCUUCUGUAGGUUGUAUUGUAUCUUCUCCUUUGGGUGUGUAAGCUCUUCAAUAUACUUAAGGAAACUUAAGAAAGGCUUGCAUUUAUUUAGAUUUAAUAGGAAUUGCUAGUGUUUUGUUUUAAAUUUUAGAUUCUAGCUUCAUAUUUUUACUUUUAGGUAGAUUUGUUUCAGGAUUAGUUAUUGGCUUGAAUUGUUCUUACAUAUCCACAUAUAUUACUGAAUUUUCUCCUGUUUCAAUGAGAGGUAUUACAGGUUGUAUGAACUAAAUAUUCAUUUGUAGUGGUCUCUUUUUAAGUUUUUUUAUUGGAGCAUUUUUGCCAAGCAAAUAAGAUCUCGCUUAAAUGGAAUCCUAUACUGAUUAAUCAUAAUGGAGAUUCAAUUUAGGUUAUUCUAUAAUUUUCGGUAUAGCUAGAGCUUAUUUUUUAUCUACAACUUUUAGUUAUGAUACUCCUAGCUACAUGCAUAAGAAUGGAAAUAUUGCUGACUUAAAAGCAGCUCUCUAAGCAAUUUAUACUAGAUAAGAAGAUGUUAAGAAUAUUAUUAAAUAGUUAGAUGAUGCUUAAGAUGAAAUAAACAAACCAGUUUCAAAGCAUUUUGAUACUCCUGUCACUGAAUUAGGAUAGAAUCCUAUCCCAUUUGAUAAUAGAAAUACAAAGUCUUACAAAAGAAGAUUUUAUCUUGGUUUGUUUUUCUCCAUAUCCAAUCAAUUAACUGGAAUUAAUGCUGUUAUGUUUUACUCCAAUAAGAUAUUUGAAGAUUCUCAUUAAGAAGCUUAUGCAGGCAUUUUCACUAGCUUUUUAGGUAUAGUUUUAAUAUUAUCAACAGUGUAUGGUGCUAUAAUCAGUGAAAAGUAUGGUAGAAGAUAAAUGAUCAUGAAAGGUGUAAGUGCAAUGACUGGAUGCCUUUUCUUAAUGUCAUACUUUAGCUCUUCAGAUAAUUUUGUACUUAGUUUUGGAUCUAUUUGUGCUUAUCUUUUCUUCUUCUCUAUUAGUUAGGGACCUCUUGUUUGGGCUUACUAAGCAGAAAUUCUUGAUUAAGUUGGACUCUCUAUCAGUACUUGUGUUAUAUGGAUCUUUACUUUGCUCGUGGGUUUAGUUUUCCCUUAUUUAGUUUUAGGUUUUGGAGUAGGAGGAGCAUUUAUUUUCUUUGCUUUCUGCUCACUUACAUCUCUAUUUUAUUUUAAUAAAGAAUUAAUAGAAACUAAAGGCAAAACAAAAGAGUAAAUUGCAUUAGAAUUUGAAGGUAUUACUGCAGAUUAAGCAGUAAGAAGAGCUAAAAAAAUGGAAAAACCUUUACUUGAUGAUAAUUAAUUGUGA